CCUUCUGCCCCGUUGGUACCGAUGAGUUUUCGGGCUGUCACAGACGGGUUUGGGGCGACACGCCCGCAGCCACACCAGCCACCCAGCGAGGCGUGGCCGUACCCCCACCGCCGCGCCGCCCGCCCUGCGAUGACGACGGAGGCGGGCGACGAGGGCGUCGGUGACGCCAUCGGGCGGCGUCUGACUGUGCGCGGCGCGGACGGGCCGGGCCGGGUUGGACUGAGGACAGACCAUGGCUCCCGCCGCCGUGCAGCCGCCCGAGGUCCAGUUCGCACAGCGGCUGGCUGCCAACGAGAAGCGCAUCCGGGACCGUGCCCUCAAGAAACUGCGGGGGUACAUCAGCGUCCGGACCCAGCGGCCGGACGGUGGCUUCAGCCAGGAAGAACUGCUAAAAAUAUGGAAGGGCCUGUUCUAUUGUAUGUGGAUGCAGGAUAAACCUCUGUUACAGGAGGAACUUGCAAACAAUAUCUCGCAGCUUAUCCAUGUGAUUCAGAACGUGGAGGCUCGACACCUGUUCAUUCAGACAUUUUGGCAAACUAUGAACCGUGAAUGGAAUGGAAUAGACAACCUGCGCCUUGAUAAGUACUAUAUGCUAAUGCGUAUGAUUUUGAGGCAAUCCUUUGAAGUACUGAAAAGAAAUGAAUGGGAUGAAAGUCUGAUUGAUCUAUUCCUGCAGCUACAAAUUAAAGAAAUUAUGGACCCAGAGAGCAGUGCUCCUGUUGGGAUAAAGUUACAUUUCAUUGAUAUCUAUCUGGAUGAAUUGGCUAAAGUUGGUGCAAAGGAGCUCACAGCAGACCAGAAUCUCAAGUUCAUUGAACCUUUCUGCAAAAUUGCUGCCAAUUCAAAGGAUCGAAGUGUGCUGCAUGCCGUCGCCACUGGUAUCUUUGAGAUCAUUGUGGAUCAGUCCCCCUACGCCAUCGAGGACCUGAUGAAAGAACUGGGCAGCAACAGUGACGAGGAGGAUGCAUCUGAAGAAGACAAAGAGGAAAAUGAAGAGGCAUUGAAAACCAAAGGAGACAGAUGUUUGUCAAGAAAAUCAGUACAGAGCUCUGAAAAAACAGAGGAUGGUUAUGAAAAUUCUGAUGAUGGUAUUGGGACUGUUCUUCAGUUUGAUUAUAAGGCUGUUGCUGACAAACUCUUUGAAUUGGCAAGCAAGAAAAACGCACCUUCCCUUAACAGAAAGCGUCUGUACAAGCUGGUCAAAAAGUUCCAGGACUUAGCAGAAGGAAUCUUCCCCCAAGAUUUUCCCGAAGAUGUUUCUACAGAUGAAGACGAUGAUGAAUUCAGCAGGGGAAGGCGAAAGAAAAAAGCUGUCAAGCCAUGGGAGAAAAACAAGUUGGACAAAGUAAAAGAUUUAGAAGAUGAACAAGAGAUGUCAAGUACAAAGGAGGCACUGGUUCCCCAGAAGAAGAGGAAAAAAAGGAAGAAGAGGGACAGCCUAAGUGCUGAUUCUGGAACAGCUGAUGGAAAUUCUGAGGAGGGAGUAGCUGAAACAUCUGGAUCUAAUGUUUUUAGCCAGGGAAAGGUGCCAGAAAAUAACAAGGAAAGGAAGAAAAAGAAAUUGCUAUUAAAUGAGGCAAAUGAGACCACAAAUGCAGCAACUGACACCAGGGAAAAUCACAGUAUCUCUGCACAGAACAGUCUGAGAGACACAGAUCAGAGCAAAAAGAGUCAGUUGAAGAAAAUUAUUUCCAAAGUGCAGAAUGUUCCUGUAAAACCAGCGUGUCAGAAUGGAUCAGCUAAUGCCAGUGAGGCAGAGGGUGUCAGCCCUUCUGUCACACCCUUAACUCCUAAGGCUGUGAGAAAGCAGCAGAAAGCAGGGGCUGUCCUGAUGAACAGGGAUACCCUUUUGCAGCAAACUGACCUGAAAUCCAACAAGGAGGGAUUGCUGGGGACCCUGUCAGAAGAUGCAGACUAUAGAAAGGUCAAAUUGAAGACAAAGACAAAGCUGGUUGGUUUGGAAGGGAUGAAAGUCUCCAGCCAGAAAGCAGCAAUCUUGAAAAAGAAGAGAAAAGUAAAAGAGGUGUUGAACUCUGUCGAAGCAAAUGGAGUUCUGGAGACUGCCUGCAAGAAAAGCAGGAAGGGGGAAAGCAGUGCUGCUCUGUCAUCAUUAAAGAAAAAGAAAGCAAAACCGGGAAGUGAUUUUGUAAAAUUUGAAAAAUCAACUUUACCAAAGCCAGGAAUUGAUUUUGUAAAAUUUGAAAAAUCAACUUUACCAAAGCCAGUGUUCUUCAGGAAAGCCAGAAGCACCAUCUCUUCUACCAGGGCCCCGUCCAUGCAGAUGAACAAGCUGCAGUCAUCCAGCUCCAAGAAAGUCACGUUUGGCUUGAAUAAAAACAUGACUGCUGAGUUUAAAAAGACUGACAAAAGUAUACUGGUGAGCCCAGAAGGACCCUCCCGUGUGGCUUUCAAUCCUGAACAGAAACCCCGUCAUGGGGUGCUGAAGUCACCCACAGGUACCCCAGCAGGAGAGCCUCAAAUGAAGAAACCAUUUACUGUAUCAGCUAAGAAGAGACCAACUGCUAUGGACUUCUUUUAAACCAAUAGAUGUGGCCUACUUUUGUACAGGACAUUUUGCUAACCUAGAAUGUUCUCCGGAGGUAUUUGGAACUUCUUUAUUUUUUUAAGUUAAUACAAAUUGUAUAUACAAAAUUCUGAUUGUGACCCAGGACGUUGCUAUUUUGACACCACUUCAGCUGUAUCUUGAAAUACUUAUUUUGUGUAUUUACAGAAAAGAAACAAAAUCUGAUCUCUGCUCAGGUUUGGUCUACAAAAAGUAUGGUUUCUGCCUGUGUCAUUCCCAAGAGACUUGUUCAUUUAAUUAAGGAAUGUUCGGGGUUUGAUUGUUGCGGUGAUUUUUUUAUUUUUUGAGCCAGUUUAUGAAAACUUAUACUUCAUGUUAUUCAACUGUGUUUCACUGGACAGGGCUUAAAAUGAAAAAAGUCUGUCAAUUUUAAACCUACUAGUUGUUCUUGUAUUUUAAAGUUUUACCCCAUCAUUUUUCCUCUGUCACCCUUGACAUGCUGUUAAUUCUUCUGGAAAUAAUGAUUACCUCAUGUCUCUGAUACCAGCUGGACUUGGAUAGCUGUACAGUUAAAACGCAAGCUUUCCCUGGGAUAAAAAAUGCCCAGCUGCUCAAGUGGUCACUGUUGCAAAUAAACCUUCACAGCUGGUUGCCUGCUGAGUUGGCAACAGUCACCACAUUAUUUUCAGUAACGCAAGCUGACUUACUCUUGUCAUAUUGUAAAUUGGCUUCUCUUUACUGUAACUGAAAUAAUGCAGGUAUUCCCCCAGCCCUCACUGUUGUCUUUCCUGAAGGUCUGACAAGACUCCUAGUUUUCUUCUUUAGCAGCUGGUGUCACCACAUUCUACCAGAACUCAGAUCUCAUUCAGUGAAUGAACCUCUAAUUGUACUGAAGCGAGCUAGGUCGGCAUAGCACGUCUUUGGUUCAGACAUACCUCUCUGGCAGCUUUGGUGCCUCAGUACACAGUAAAACUUAACAACCCAGACAUCUUGGUUUUGGUUUUGAUGUAGAACCAGAAGAAUUCCUUCUGCAGCAUUUCUUUGCGUUGUUUUUAUUUGGAUAUCUUAUUACUACUGUGCACGGGUUUUUUGCUUUGCUGCUUUGGUAAAGAAUGAGGUGGAUUUCUGUGAGAGACCAAUAAUGUAUCCUGAGGGGGAACUGUGAGGAAGGGGAGAGCAAAUGAAAAUAAAAAAAUUUUUAAUACAGUUGGAAUCUUUCUUUGGAAGCGUUGCUUAUGCCAAUGAGGCAAAGGCUUUGCAGCGCAUGUCUGUGUUAGAGCUCAGCUUCAAACCACAACCUGGUGCCAGGGCAAAGCUGUUCAUGAAGCUUCCCACCAGUUGCUUUCUGUUAGAGAGAGGGUAGGCCUGCUAUUAUGGUAACUGCUAAACAUUUAGUGACUUCAGGCAGCAAAAUUAAAUUUUGUGAUGUAAUACAUUUGCAUAUUUCAGUGGUACUUUUUACCAUUCUUUGAUGCUGACUGUCCUCUGCCAGUUACCCUCCAUAAGUAUUGAAACUGCUCUUUCAUAGCUCAUGUAGAAUUUCUUCAGAACACUUGUGUAGUUGCAGAUUACUGGGUGGUCUCAGUUGCUCAGUUCUAAUCCGUGCCAGUUCUUGCACUCAGUUUGUGACAGGCCGUGGUUUAUGGUACUGCCAUCGAAGUGUUGAAGUCAUUUUGCUCUUCUUUCUUCUGAUUUAAAGUGAAGGACUGAAUUUCACUUGGUUUUGGUUUAGUUUGUAUAGGUUUUACUGGUCAGUAAGAACUCUGAAAAAUACAUCUGAUAAAAUUAAUAAUACUUGCUGUUUGAGCAGUUAUUGUUCAUUUAUUUUUUUUUUAAUCUCAUUGUAUAUUACCAUAAUGCGUUUUCUUACAAGGCAACGGUAAGUAGGAUUUAAGAAAGACUCUUCGAUAUGUUGUACUGUUUAUCUUGUACUGUGGGUGAGAAGUCUCUUGUGGAAUAUGCACAAAAGCAUUUGUAUGUGCAUGGUUGUUAACGCAUUAGGUUGAAGAUGCCAUGUUCUUCUAAGGAUAUAGAUGCAAACAAUCAGUAGGUGGAUCUGAUGUGCACCAAAAAGUCCAGAACGAGGACACAUAUGGGUUUGGGUUUGGUUUUAUUACUUAUAACCUAUUACAGCAAUGUAUUGAAAUGUUUGUCUGUAUCUUUUUAUAUUGGUUGUGGAUCUGCUGAACCUGUUGCUUGUCCAAGUAUUUUGUUGCCCCCAGUGCUAAAUGGAGAGGGCAGAAAUGGCAGCCGGUUUAUCUAAAAUUUUAGUGAUGUGAUUGCUUGUUGGGAUUCACGCAUAAUCCAUCUGUGCCAUGAAAUUGGUGGAACGUUUUGUAAAUAUACAUAUGUAGGGUGUAUUGUCUUCAGUGGUGUCUCGAAUUUCAUCAGGACAACUUUACAAACAAAAACCAAGCACUGUCAAUGCAGUUUUAUCAGUAUUGUUGGGUUAAAUUGAAUAUAUUACCUGAAGUAUUUGGAUGGUAACAAUUCCAAUAAAUGUUGAAGACAAACAAAAUAAGUAAAUGUAACAUCUGCAAUAUCCACUGUACAGACACAAUAGUACUGUAAGGAGAGAUGUAUUGAUAGGAAAAGAGAAAAGAAAAACAGAUCUGACCUGUUUGAUAUCAUGUUGUUUUUUUCAUCACGUUAUUCCAACUCUGCAGCUGCCAGUCAUUCUCUAAUUCAAAGUAAGUUAAUGUGGCAUACCUUUUAAAGGACAGUAUUUUGUAAUUAUUGUCUCUACAUUUUUGUUAGGAAUCUGAUCAACUUUGUACUUCUCACACUCCAAUACUUUAUAAUUCUUUAUAGCUUCAAGAGAACUCAAAAGCACAAAACAAAUUUAGCAAGGCAAAAAGUUAAAAUUAUAUUUAAAUUAUUGGGUAUGCAAGAUCUUUUCUAGUCUGUCAAAGCUAUGUGACUUGGAAACCAUCAAAUGCCCUUUCUGUCAUUUAUUUCCUGUGCUUAGACUUAAUUAUAAGCAGAAAAAAUAUUCCAUGUGUAAUUCUCUUUACAUUGGCAACAGCAUUGUCAGUACGAUUACAGUGUCUAAGCAUUACAUCCUUUAGUUUAGUCCAAUAAACCAUCCUUUUUUGUGGA